UGCGGCUACAUGUUUUUUUUUAGCCUUUUUUCCUGCUUUUUGUCUUUUAGCACACGUUUAAAUUUAAUGUGAAGCUUUGUAAUACAUCUCAAAGCCAUUUCUUUCAUUAUAGCAUCGCUUGCGAAUGUCGUGAAUAAUUUCCGUUAUGGAUGUGAUAUUUAUGGAAAGCAACCGAACAGUUUGAAAGUGAGAAGAUGUGAAGAGCCUUUUACAAGCGUAUUUUCUACAACAAAAGGGAAUCGAAGGUGCAUUACUGACAGGAGACUGCUGGCAGAAGACGCAUUCCUUCAGUAGCGAGAGGCAGCUGUAGUGGAUGCAGCGGAAAGGAGCGAUGCUCGAAUCAGUGACAACCGCAGUGGGGCCACACUGAGGAAAGACCAAGUUAUACCCUAUACCCAGGGAUCGAGAUAGAUUUGAGGGUCUGGAAACGGAGAAAAGGAAGGAAAGCUACGCCUUUGGGAGAGCAGUUGGAUGUCUACUCAAUUAAAUUAACUCCUGCGGAGCUCCAUCUUUGACCUGCAGGAUGACAGUCGUGGCUGGGGACAACAUGGACGAGACCUCUGCCGUGCCGGGGCAUCCGCAGGACACAUACCCCCCUGACCACGACGAUCACGAAUGCUGUGAACGGGUGGUCAUCAACAUAGCCGGGCUGCGCUUUGAGACCCAGCUCAAAACUCUUGCCCAGUUUCCAGAGACUCUGUUAGGUAACCCAAAGAAGCGAAUGCGGUAUUUCGAUCCCUUGAGAAACGAGUACUUCUUCGACAGAAAUCGUCCAAGCUUUGAUGCCAUCCUCUACUACUAUCAGUCUGGGGGAAGACUGAGAAGGCCUGCAAACGUCCCGUUGGAUAUGUUCUCAGAAGAAAUUAAGUUCUAUGAACUUGGGGUCGAGGCGAUGGAGAAGUUUCGUGAAGAUGAGGGCUUCAUUCGCGAGGAAGAGCGGCCUUUACCGGAGCGUGAGUUUCAACGGCAAAUCUGGCUUCUGUUCGAGCAUCCUGAAAGCUCGGGGGGCGCCAGAGGAAUUGCUAUUGUGUCCGUUAUGGUCAUUUUAAUUUCCAUUGUCAUUUUCUGUUUGGAGACAUUACCUGAACUGAAAGAGGACCCUGGGGGGCGAAUGCACACUAUAGGCAACACCACCUUCUACUACAAACCAAACAUCUUGACCGAUCCCUUCUUCAUCAUAGAGACCCUCUGCAUCAUCUGGUUCUCAUUCGAACUGAUAGUGCGCUUUUUUGCUUGCCCGAGCAAAGCAGCCUUCUUUAAGAACAUGAUGAACACCAUAGACAUUGUAGCCAUCAUUCCCUACUUCAUCACGCUGGGUACAGAGUUAGCAGAGGAAAAGGACGGAAAGGAGGCAAAGGGAGAGCAGGCAACAUCACUGGCCAUCCUCAGGGUGAUCCGUCUGGUCAGGGUGUUCAGGAUCUUUAAGCUGUCCAGACACUCCAAAGGCCUUCAGAUUUUGGGACAGACCCUGAAAGCCAGUAUGCGAGAGCUUGGAUUGCUUAUUUUCUUCCUCUUCAUUGGUGUCAUAUUGUUCUCCAGUGCUGUGUAUUUCGCAGAGGCAGAGGAAAAAGAGUCCUACUUCACCAGCAUCCCAGAUGCGUUCUGGUGGGCGGUUGUGUCGAUGACCACCGUAGGCUAUGGGGACAUGGUGCCGGUGACUAUAGGGGGCAAGAUCGUGGGUUCCCUAUGCGCCAUCGCUGGUGUGCUGACCAUCGCCCUCCCCGUGCCUGUCAUCGUGUCCAACUUCAACUAUUUCUACCAUAGAGAAACCGAAGGAGAGGAGCAGGCCCAACUCCUCAACGUGAGCAACCCGAACAUUGCCUCUGAUUCCAACUCCAGUCGUCGCAGCUCCUCAACCGUCAGCAAGUCUGAGUACAUGGAGAUAGAUGGAGACAUAAACAACAGCAUCGACAACUUCAGAGAGGCCAACCUCAGAACUGGCAACUGCACUAUCCCUAAUCAGAACUGUGUGAACAAAAGUAAGCUGCUAACCGAUGUCUAGAGACACAGUAGAAAAUUCAGUCACAUAUAUAUGAAUGCUUACUUUACCUCCUCUCGUGAGCCCUUGCAAUGCGAAUAUCUCUACAAUGCAGACGAAAGAAAAACACUACACCAAAACAUAUAGAACAUAACUGCAGCAGAUGAGACCGAUGAUUCAGUUUAUACUUAGUCUAAUACAUUUCCAAAGAGGAUGAUUGAGGAAAAAAAGCCUCUUCGAGCACCUAGCUAACGUCCACAGGCAUUGAAGGACUCUCGAUGACGGGAUUACUUAAACAUCACGCAUGGACUGCAGACUACAUUUCAGCAAGCUGCACACUGCAUCCGGGAAAGUGCAUAAAAGACCAAGUGCAGUGUUCAGUGGACGCCUCGACCGUAGGUGGUCUUCCCCAACUGACCAGCAAAGCACCUUAUAUGAACAAGACUUAUCUUCUGCUGGGAUGCUAUGGAGGCCAAGGUCAUCGCCUCAUGGACAUCCGCAUUGCUGCUAUUUUCCAGCAGAUGCUGUAAUUUAGAUAUCACCAAGUGAUUAAAUGCCAUGCCCUUUAGAUAUAAGACAGCACAAUGCCGAAAGAGGAGCCUCAUAGUUAGCAUGUUUUGAUUAUCCUCAUUUUGAUACUGGCAUGCGUCGGACAUUACCUCAUGGUGAUAGGAAAUCCAUUCCUGUUUUGCUUUUCGUUUGCGUUCAGUUCCAUCAGCUCCCCUCUCCAUCGACCUCCUCUCAUUUGUCACCAUGAAAAGUGCACUAGUGUGUCAUGAUUUGAGAUGCUCAUCAUUUAGGUGUAUUUAAAGACUGAAUGUUUAACCUUACGGGAAACAGAAUCUUAAUGAUAUCAUAGCAUGUCAAAAGAACCUGCAUUAUGGCCUAAUCAACUAAGGUACUGUGUAUCCUAGUAUAUUUAAUGCAUGACAUCGGUAUAAUACAGCUUGUUGCAAUUGAGAUACCUCAUAAGGGUGUCGUUGUUACAAUCAGGGAAACUAGGGACGUCGAUUCCUUGACAUUUUCUGAAAUGUGACAAAAUAUAUAUGCAAGCCCCAACGCUGGGAUGCAAACUUUUCAAUCUAAAAAGUAGUCAAAGACAGAAAAAAGAACUAUCAAGAUACUAUCAAAUGCAUAUACUCAUACUAAGCGCACCUGUAAAAAAAAAUUAUAAUAAUAUAACUUUAAUAGUGCAGUGCAUGGGCAUUCUCUCUCUCUCGAGGAAAAAAAAAAAAAGAAAACUAUGGGCAAUUAUACUUCACGCUUCCAUUUUGCGAUCAAAUUUAGGAUUUACGGUAUUAAAAAUUGCUUAAUUUAUCUUAGCAGGAUGCAAAAGAGAUCAUGGCUCAUAUUAGUUGCUAGUGCCUUUGACCCUCUCAGCAACCAGACAGGUGAAAGUGCCUCUGAGUAACUGGAGUUUUAGGCAGGGCAAGGGAACAAUAUCUGCUCUAGAACUGUCAUAAUGUAUACUGAGGCUGGUCAUUACAGUGUAUCCAGAGUGCUUUUCAUUUUCAUUGUUGUUCUUUUGAACGUGACACAUGGUUGUCAGGCACAAAUGCUAACCUUUUCUGUGUUUUCAUAUGACAGCUGAGCUUGAAUAUGAAAUUGGACAUACGACUUUCACACCAUGGGACCUUUUAGAGUUUUCAAUCUGCCUUUCAUUGUGGUUUUGAUUAUGUUGUGCCAUAAUAAAGAUUCUACCUCAGUGAGGUCGCCGCACAGCUCACUGCAGAGCAGAACACGAGAGUACAUAACAGCCUGUGAAGUGUGAUGAUACGUCAGAAAUAAUACACUUAGAGUACCCCAGAAUUAGCCUUUUUUUCAAGCACUUAAAACAAACGCAACAAUGCGACUGCCCCUGACCCCUCGGAUCUGAAACGCUCCCUUGCUAAGCACAAUCAACAUUCAUUUGGUUCUGUUUUUGAUGGUUUGUUAUCACAGUGCUUUUUUUACAAGAGAGAGAUCUGGGGAGAGAAAACAGCACAGGCUUUCAUAUACCACAGGGUACAAAGUACACAACCGUUUACAUUGUUAAAAAUGAGCAAAAUCUGUCAUUUUGAAGUAAUGAUAGUCGUCUAAAAGAAAUGUUACUUAAUGUUAAAAGUCAUGCUUAGCCCAUUAAGGCUAUAUUAAGCCUGCAGGUACUGUAAAGAACAAAUUUUAAUGCAGACCUAAUUGAUGUGUACUGAUGACUUAAACAUUGAUGUGAAAUCUUGUGUUCAUGGUAAUGUGGGCCAUUCAGUGCAUAGCGCUACAUUUUUCAUUUUCACGUUCCUUGAUAAUUAAAAAACACUUUAAAAUAGCCGCGAUUAAAUGAGUCUG